GAGCGCGUGCACUGCGCGUCUGCGAAGAAAGCAAACCAAAAAAAGGCAAUUAGUCGGAAAGAAGAGGAAGUUGUGAACAAGUCGACCACGUUUGUGAGUCGUCGUGGUCUUCGUCUCAUCUUGCUUCCUCUCCAUCUGAUUAUUUUGAACUCAAUCUGUGUGUCGAAAGGGAGGCAUCGGAAGAGAGGCAGCAGACGGCGGGCACUGGUCGAUUACUCGUGGGAUUUUGGGAACCACAAUGAACGAGAAGGCAUCCGUCUCCAAAGAGCUUAGUGCCAAGCACAAGAGGAUACUUGAGGGGCUCAUGAAGUUACCGGAAAACAAGGAAUGCGCUGAUUGCAAAGCCAAAGGUCCGAGAUGGGCUAGUGUUAAUCUUGGAAUCUUUAUAUGCAUGCCUUGUUCAGGAAUCCAUAGAAGUUUGGGGGUACACAUAUCGAAGGUGAGGUCUGCUACACUAGAUACAUGGCUUCCAGAUCAGGUUUCAUUUAUUCAAUCUAUGGGAAACGAGAAGUCGAACCAGUACUGGGAAGCAGAACUGUUCACAAACUAUGAUAGAGUCAGGAUCGAAAAUUUUAUUCGUGCCAAAUAUGUAGAUAAGAGAUGGAUACCUAGGAAUGGGUCAUUAAGAUCAUUGAGAUCGCCUUCGAAUGCACAAGAGAGGACGACUAAAUCGCCACUGAGGCACUUUGCUAGCGACUUGAGUAAUAAAGAGGAGCAAAAGAACCAAGCAAAUUUGAAUGCAAAAAAGACGAUACCAUUGACAUCUAAGCUGCCUGGUCAGGUACCUUCUGUAACAAAACGAGAGCCGGUUAUGCCCAAGGUUGGUUCUUCACAAUCUUCGGAGUCAAUGCUCUCUAAGGAAGGUGUUCAAACUAAAGCUGCUACACCUGGUCCACCACCAAAAAUUGAUAUCCCUGUGCCGCCUCCAAAAUCUGACUAUGUAGCUGUUCUUCUUAACAUGCUUACAGUUGAGAUGCCCACUACAAAUGACUUAAAGUCAUCUUCGACAUCUUCGAAAGAUGAUCAUUCAUGGGCACAAUUCCAGUCUGCAGAGAUGACAACUGCUGCACUCCAAAAAGCUAGCACAAAACCGGUGGAAACUAAGCCUGCAUCAGGAAUUGAGGACUUGAUCAAAGACUCUCCGAAUUCGACGCUAUCUUCAAGUCAAGCGAAGACUCAGACAAAUCCACAGCUUGCAUAUCUAUCCCAGCAACAAGUUCAAGCUGCCGCUAGCACUCCUCGUCCUGUGUUAUCUGCAAAUUCUAACCAACCAGUUAUGACUGGUUUGAAUGCACCUCGACCAAAUGUCCUAUCCCAAAAUUGGUCAAAUGUGCAUUAUCAAACCCCAGGGAUAGUCCCACACAACAGUCAGAAAGGUUUCAACAAUUUCAAUCAGCAGGUUGGAAGUGUGGCACAGAGAUAUCCUUCAUGGAAUUACAAUUACUAUCAAACACCAAGGAUAUACCCUACUGGUUCUUCAGUGAUAAAUGGAGUAACAAUUAGAGGGGGCAAUGCUGCUGUUGCUUCUCCGUCUGCUGCUGUGAGCAACAUAUCUGGUUACGAGUAUAAUUUUUCAUCGCCAACCCAAGGGAUGUUCUUCAAACACUGACAACUGAUGUGUGGCAUUCUUUGUAGCGCAGUCCAGUCACUGUCCCUUAGUGUAGUUGACUCUGCCAAAUUAGUGAACAUAUGAGAAUAAGGAAAAUUGUAUUGAAAAUUAGUGAACUUGACCUUUUCAGUAAGUAAAUUGUAAAAUUUAUGUUGAAAUCAGUAUGAUUUCUAAGAGCCGUUGUUUUCUUGCA